CGAAGCUGCAGCGGGAGAGUUCGGAGCUCCUCAGGAGCGUUACUGACCUUUACUGACCACUCUACAGGCUGGACACCGCACCGCAUCCGGUGGACUUCAUGUGGAUUUCCUGUUGACUCUACUGCGCCUCCUGCGGUUAAAGAUGUCGGUGGACGGCUCCUUCCCGCUGCGGUCUCUGUGGAAGUCUCCGGCUGUCCUGCGGCGGCGGUUUCGGAGGGACCGCGCUCUGUCCCACGGCGACCCGCUCUUCAGGCUGCACUACCUCGGCACGGAGAAGAUCUACAGUCUGGACAUGGAGCAGGCGGAGGACGCCAUCCACCGUCUGCUGGAGAACAGCCCGGCCGUGUCGUCUCUGAGGAAGGACCAUGCUCUGGUGGUGCGACAGCGCUACCUGGAGGUGAAGGAGGUCAGCACGGGCCGACAGCUGACCAAAACCUUCCUGAGGGACAUCGCUUGCUGCACCAUGUAUGCUGCCCGGCCCAACGUCUUCCUCUACAUCUGCAGGAUGCCUGGACAAGUGCAGCUGCAGUGCCGUGUGUUUUGGUGCCGCCGGCCGGAGCGUGCCCGAGACAUCACCUCCUGCUUGGCGCUGUACUUCCAGCAGGCACUGAAGGACUGGCAGGAGGGAAAGGGCGUGGCAAAUGAAAGCCAGCCAAUCAGAGAGCAGGAAGUCCCGCCCACCCAGCAGACUCAGGGAGUGGUGACUGGAGGAGAAGCAGCAUGUCCCACAUUCCACUCAGAGAGAUGAUGAGGAGAAUCAUCAGCGACUAAAACACUGACACCCAAACUGGAUGAAAUCAAUGGGGGGGGCAAUGACUCCAACCUCCCCCCAGACUGAGAGACAGUGACUCUACGGCCUUCAGCUGACGUUCUUCUCCAGAGAGACGCUCUGAAGUUCUCAGUGAUCUGCAGGAAAGUGUUUGAACAUAGUUGUAAAUAGAUCAGCUGUAGAGACGACUCAGCUCUCACCUGUACAGAUUACAAGGGGGGCUAUUGCAAGACGAGCCGUGUCCGGUCCUGGAGAUCCUCUUGCAGAGUUUAGCUCAGGAUUUGAACAUUGGCAGGGGGGGUCCUGUGGUGGAUUCUGGCUGUGGUGACCCAUAUUGAACCCAGAACUAAACCUGGUAUCUCCCAACAGUAACGUUACAGAAGAGGAAAAAACAUUCGCAACUUGUAAUGGAAGUUGAUGUAAGAAGAUUUUUCCCAGGUAAUUUUAGAUCGUUUCUGUCGGUCAUUUCAUCAUGAAAUGUUUUUAAUUAUGCAAAAACUAAAAAAAUGAUACAAUUGGAGAUACAAGAUUUUGUCAGGAUACCAACAACAUGCUGAUAAAGUCUUUCAACUCAUACAUAUUCAUAUCUGUAUUAAUGUAAAUAAUUUCUACACAAGUGGAGAAAAGGCACCAUUGCCUUCCUUUUCUCAGCAAAUAAACAUUUAUUACUUAGGCCGUAAAAA